GAGAGAGAGAGAGAGAGAGAGAGAGAGAGAUACGUAUAAAGCUUUUCUGGAAUUUGGUCAUAACUCUCCAAAGUUGACCUGGUCUUUGUUCUCUUUCUUUGAUUGGCAUAUAUAUAUUUCACCAAACCUGAAACUCAGUUCGUCUCGUGGUGGUUAAGGAAGAAGAAGUAGAAGAAGAAUCAAUUCCAGAAAUUAAAUAUGGCUUUCAUAAAGCUGCUGAUGAGACUUGUGUUGGUCUUCUCGGUUGUGAGCUCUCUAGCCUUCUCGUCUUCUGCUCAAACUUGCACUUCUUAUUCUUUCUCUUCCAACAAAAACUUCAGCACUUGCCGUGACCUUCCUCACCAGAACUCUUUCCUUCACUGGACCUAUGAUCAGGCCUCAGGCAAGUUGGAGAUUGGAUUUAGGCAUGGCGGAGUCAGUUCAUUAGCAAACCGGUGGGUGGCAUGGGGAAUCAACCCAAGAAACAACGCCGUAACGGCCAUGCCCGGAACUCAAGCUCUGGUAGCAAUCUCAGAAUCUGGCAGCACCCCGACGGUGUAUACAUCGCCGAUAAGUUCCUCAGGCGAUGUAACAGAUACUCAGCUGAUCCAGGGAGACCUAACCUACAACGUGACGGGCCUGAGUGCGGCGCGCGAGAACGACGUCGUCAUCAUCUUCGCUACAGUGAUGCUUCCGGCGGGAACGGCGUCGCUGGUCCACGUGUGGCAGGAAGGUCCUCUCUCUGGUUCGACGCCUCAACGACAUGAUACCAGCUCCUCCGAUCAUACCGACUCGAAGGAGACGCUGGAUCUUGUUUCUGGUGUGACUCAGGCUGCUCCGAGUGGUGAUUCACUUAGAAGAAAAAGAAACGUACAUGGAGUGCUGAAUGCAGUAAGCUGGGGGACAAUGUUACCAAUAGGGGCCAUAAUAGCAAGAUACUUGAAAGUGUUCAAAUCAGCAGGCCCUGCUUGGUUCUACCUUCACGUCAUUUGCCAGACCUCAGCCUAUAUUGUUGGUGUUGGUGGCUGGGCUUAUGGCCUUAAGCUCGGCAAUGACUCUGAAGCUGUUGAGUAUGACACUCACAGAGCUCUUGGAUUCACUAUCUUUAUCCUAGGAACUCUUCAGGUAUUUGCUCUAUUUUUGAGGCCAAACAAGGAUCACAAGUACAGAAUGUACUGGAACAUGUACCACUACUUGGUAGGAUACGCCACAAUAAUCAUCAGCGUGGUCAACAUAUUCCAAGGCUUCGACGCUCUUGAGGACUCUGCUGGAGAUCGUUACCAAAACUGGAAAAAUGCUUACAUUGGGGUUAUAGCUGCUCUUGGUGGCAUUGCUCUGUUCUUGGAGGUCUACACUUGGAUCAUUGUGUUGAAGAGGAAAAAUUUACCAGAGGCCAUUCCAAAUAAUGGGGUUAAUCAUCAUAAUCAUCGUCAUGGAGCUAAUAACGAUGGCGUUAGUGAUGGGUAUGAAUCUAAGCCACAGGUUUAGUAGGGCAAGUUAUCUGGAUCGUCUCCGAUACACAGUGGUAGGUUUCAUUCCACAUGUGACAUCUACUAUUAUGGUUAUCGCUUUCUAAUUAUAUUGAUUGUAUCAUUAUUAGAAGGAUUAUAGAAAUAUAUGGGUUUUUCGAAUUUUGGUUAUUUUGCAUUGUGGCUGUUCCCGCCCCCCUCCCUUUUGUUGGGAUCAUUUUGUACAUUGACUUUUACAUGAGCUUUUCUUUCGUUUUGUAUUGAGUUUAUUCUUUUAUAUAGUAGUUUUAGAAUAAUUUUCUGACUGUUUUUGGCUUUUAUUUGUGUCCUAUUGGAGAUAAUACAUUGCAUUUGUUUGGUUUCA